AACCAAAUUCCUGUGUUCGCCAAGUUGAAUUAAAUUAUUAAAUUCGGGCAUACACAUCAAGGUUGCCUGUGACAAUCAACAACUAUUAAGGAUCUUUCCCCUGCUCCUUACCUCUCCCAAAUACAAACCUUCACUCUAGAUCCAAAUUAUCAAUAUUUUAAUACUGCUUCUUUUAUCUACAUUAUUAGCUCCUCUGCCCAUAAAAUAUUAUAAAUGACUACAGUGUAGUGCAUCAAACCUCAUUGUCAGUGGGUUAAUUUAUUUCUGCCUCAAAAGCUCAAGAUUCUCGUGACUCUUAACUUGUUUCUGCAGAGAUGGGAUCGGUGGAAAGAUCAAAGAAGAAAGCGCAAUAUUGGAAAAGAGCCAUUUUCCGUUUCUCUGUAUGCCUCCUUAUCGGUUUCUUCACAGGCUUCGCUCAGACAAUUAAAGCCUUCACUUUCGCCGGUCGUGUAGCGGUCACCUCGGAUAAAGCGGAUUUCUCUCCUCACACAGAGCCAAUAUCUAGGACAAGCGUUGUCGUCAACGCGAGUUUGAAAGCCGAGACAGCGGCCGUGGCUGCUUUAGCUGGAGGAGAGGAUCAGUUGCAGGAAGAAGAAGAAGAGGAAGUCGAAUUGAUUCCAAGAAGACUCCUCAUAAUUGUCACACCUACAGGGACAAAAGACAAGUUUCGAGGGGUGUUCCUAAGAAGGUUGUCCAACACUUUGAGACUUGUUCCUGCACCGUUGCUCUGGAUCAUUUUGGAGGGACAAUCCCAAUCCAAUGAAGUAUCGGAAAUACUCAGGAACACCGGCAUCAUGUACCGACAUUUGGUGUCCAAGGGGAACUUCACCGACCCGGAAGCAGAAACUGAUCAUCAGUUCAACGUUGCUCUACAUCACAUCGAGCACCACCGGAUAAGUGGGAUCCUCCAUUUUUCGAUGAUUUCGAAUACUUAUGAUUUGGACUUCUUUGAGGAACUCAGGGAGAUAGAGGCGUUGGGAAAGUGGCCAGUGUGCAAAACUACUUCACAAGCUGGAGGAUGGCAUGAUGGUGACAAGAGCAAUGGCACAGACCCAAGACCUCCAUUGAUGAUGAUUCAUCCUUCAAGUUUUGCAUUCAACAGUUCUAUUCUGUGGGACCCUGAAAAAUGGGGUCGACCUUCGUCAUCUGCUCAUCCGACCACCACCACGACCAACGCCGCCCAGGACCUGUCGAAGUUUGUGAAGCAAAUUGUUCUUGAAGAUGACGCGGCACUAAAGGGUGUUCAAGGAAAAGAUUGCUCCAAGAACUUGGUUUGGCAUCAGGAAAUCCAGGUUAAUAUUGGGAAGUCAAAAAUUGAACAGUUAUGAGGAAAGUCCAAAAACAUGCAGGGGAAGCAAUGAAGGCAUUUCUAACUCAUUUGAAAAAAAUAAUUUAUCCUGUAUCAAUUAUUUUUCCCUGUAAAUUUGUCGAUUUUCAUUUUAUCAUUAGUCGAGUAUAAAGCCAUAAUUGAUUUUGGUGUAGUUCUGCUUUAAUUCUGUUUUUGUUUUUUGGAGUCAAUUGUGCAAUCAGACAUUGUACAGAUCACAAUAAAUUUAAGGAAAUGGCAAGCAAAUUGGCUUAGCCUUGAAGAUCACACCAAUUUGAUG